AUGGUUUUGCACAACGAUAAGUGGAAGUGGAAGAACAAGCGCAAGCAUUUGAAAAAGGUAGGCGAGACGCAACAAAGUGAUGGCUCAAGUGGGGAGCUGAGCGAGGACGAGCUCAUCACCAACGAAUGGCGGUUUGAGGAGCUGAAGCCAAUACAACAUCCUAAAGAUGAGGAACAGAUAGCUUUGGAGCGGGAGCAGAGAAAGAUGGAGUUGGAGCGGGACGAGGCCAACGCUCGUCUGGUUUUGGAGAAGCUGAGACUUUCGACACCAGAAAUCAGCACAUCUGGCAAACACAAGGAUGCUAAAAAGAUGUCCAAGCAGGAGCUGCUAGAUUGGAGUGUGGAGCGACAGGGCAAUUCUGAGCCUGUUUCAGCGGGUCAGCGUACCCGCACACUGAGUGAGGACGAGAAGGCCAGGUUCUACGAGCUGCAGAAGCGCAUAGAGCGACAGAAAAUGGUGACGUCCAUGAAAAAGAAGUUUGCUACCACGAGAGGAACAAAGGUGUUGGAGGUGUCAAAAGUGGACGACGACAACUACAAGGCUGUUAACGCUCGCAGGCUCGAAGAUUCGGCAAAGAAGCCCAAGGAGGGCGAGUUCGAGGACAGUUUGGCAGAUCUGUUGGGAGACAGGCCAGUUCUGACCCAGGAGCCCGUGGCAAAGCCAGAAACUAGAGGACACAAGAAGACGCCAAAAUCAGGCCCAGCAUUCAAGCUCAGUCCUUCGCAAGCCGAAGACGAGUUUCUGGACCAGUUGCUUGGAUGA